CAGUAAGGUAUCUGGCAACGCUCUGUCCGCCACCGUACUUUGCUUCAGUGUGGUGGUGGUUUCCAUUGCCUUGCUCGAUGGUGUCCGAGGUUCGGUGGGAAGCAACUUGGUCGAGAUGAGACAUGGUGAAGGUGUGUGUGAGAAUACAGAAGAGGUUGUGAAUGCAAGUCAGGUAGGUGGUUCGGAAACUGUGGUGAGCGGGGGGAUAUGUGGGGUCCAGGGAAGGGGGCGAGACUCUCUCGUAUAUAUAUAUAUGUGUGUAUUUACCGGAGGGAAACAGUGGGCUCUGGGUGUGUCUCGCGUCCCCAAACGGUGGAGGUUUCGAUUGUCCAAUCUGCCUCUGCUCCUUCGCCUUUGGGUUCAAACUGAGUCGACCCCCCCGCUGAAUCAGUCUAGUGGGCGGGUCUCCAGUUUUGCCCCAUCUCUUUGGGUGUUAAUCUGCGAUGACGACGUGUCACAAGCAAACCUCUUGCUACGGCCGGGUGGGUUCCAGAGGUGGCGGCGUGGCAUUCACCGACAGUCCCUCGAAAUAUGGUGUGACCAUGGGGUGGGACAGCUGUGGAGGCGGGAAGUGGAAAAGGGCGGGGUCGUACCUCGGCGUUUAGUCGGACGGCAACCGAAAUUAGAUCAAGCAGAGCAUUCGCCAAGAAUGUGAAGCAACAGUGUUGAGCUGACGUGGGAGAAUCGACACGACGCGGCAGUGUCGUACGUGCGAGGUGCUUUUAGAUCAGCCGGACAGAUAUAGGAUUGCAGGGCCAAGCUGUGACACGUUCCUGUCCAGACAGGCAUCAGGCUUAAAAGAGGUAUCACAAGCGAUGCGUCUUCU